GCACGGCCUGGCUUGCAAAACAGCUUCCUUCGAAAGGAGUGUGUAAUUGAAAAUAUGACUGAGACAGACUAUUGCGGCGUUAGGAGCUAUUACUGUUCGUAACCUAGGUGCCUAGGUGAGUAUAAAAAGGGUCAACGAGUAAGUUGAUUAACAAAGUUUCUUCAAUCCCUCAUCCUCCCCUCCAACUCAAACUCCUCAUCAUGGCAACUAUCACAAAGACAAUCGUGGCUACGGGUGCCACUUCAGGCUUGGGGUUCGAGUUAGUCAAGCAACUUCUUGCACAAACUCAGCCGUACAAAUUCAUUCUCGGAGCCAGGGACACGAAAACAGCCCAAGCCACCUUCGAUAGACUCAAGUAUGACAACAACAAGCACAGCUUAACUAUCUUCCCGUUAGAGCUGUCGAACCUCAAAACCGUCAAGACCUUCUCACAGCAAGCCUUAGAGAACGUUGGACAAGACAAGAUUGACUACUUGGUGCUCAAUGCAGCAAUUGGCAAUAAUUCUGAGCAACCCGGUCCGCAUGGUUCUAAAUGGAGUGAGCCCUAUAUUGUGAAUCACCUGUCUCAACACUACCUCGUUCAUCUACUUCGAGAGAAGUUAGAAACAUCGAAGUCGCGCAUUGUAGUUGUCUCCUCCGGCGCCGCUUGCCUUGUAAAGGACCCUAAAUUCCUUGAAGAUGAUCUCAGGGGUGGUUCGAAGACAGAACGCACUGUAUAUGAUGCUACAAAGUUUGUUCAGCUACUCGGAGCCCAUUGGUGGCGUCGUCAACUUCAGGGCAAAUGCCACGUCGUUGCUGUGUCGCCCGGCUUGGUCCCCGGCACCGGCAUCAUAAGAGGCAACGAUCAGCUCAAAUUUCCUAUAAACCAUCCAGACGCAAAGAGUGUUCCAGAAGGUGCCCAAAGUAUCUACCGGGCAUUCAUAAGGGACGAUUUCCCGGAAGACCCCGACCAGAUCUUCUUGACGAGCUGGGGCGAAUGGUGGCCCAAGGAUGUCUAUAGACUUACUCUUGACAAAGAUCUCCAGGACAAAUGGUCUCCCAGUAAAGACGAGAUUGAGAAAGAAGAGGGUUUAACCGCUUAGCUUAACAUAAUUACAUGUCUCUAAGAUUCUAUACUCGAAUAGAUAAUCCUGCGAAGUGGAAGAUCAGAUCCAA